AUGCAUCAGAUCAAGCAAACACAACUCGGUAUCAACAAAUACCAAGAAUCGACAAAAAAUAUAAUAAAAGAGAUAAAAAACACGAAUAUCAAGUCGAAAUUGGAAAUCUUGAUCGAAUACACAGAUAUAUACAAAGAAUAUUCACAUAAAUACAUCCUUAGCCAUCAAUUAAUAAAUGAAGUUGCUCAAUUAAAUUUUAUAUUGGAUAAAUCAAUACAAGUUGAAAAGGAAACUCCACCACCUGAACCAGUACCAAUUCCAGAAAAUCCACCACCUCAAAAUUUGCAGCCAAAAAUUCGAUUACAAAAUUUUCCAAAGAGAUCAGGUUCAGUAAACAAAACAUAUGUCAAUCAACUUCAUUCUGCAUAUAUAUGUCGAAGAAAGUUCGUAUCUCAAGAAGUAAAGAUCGUGAAACAACUUGAGAGUCAAAAUAUGAUGCCUCCUAAUCCCAGAUCAUCGCUUCCAUCAUUAAAAGGCAACAGAAUAGAUACUGAUCCUCAGAUGACCCUAGAAACUCUAUUCGGACCUGAAAAUUCAAGAAUUUUAAAAAAUUAUACGAAAUUAAUACAGAGAUUUAAUACAACAGAACCAACAAAACUGCAUAAUAUGUUCGAUGGCAUAAGAAGAAACAAUGCUCAACUUGAAAGACGCUUAAAUUUGGUUCAGCACGAAUGUAAGAAGCUAAAGAACAAAAUUGAAGCUUCCACACUCCAAUUGAAAGGUGAAGAAGAAGUUUACAAAGCAAUUCUGAGCAAAAUAAAUUCAAUGAAUUCAAAAUUUAAUAUAAAUGCGACAGGAACUCCAUAUAUGAAGGCUCUUCAGCUAAAAGACUUUUGUAAAGAGCUUGUUAAAGAAAGACGUCAAAAGAAAAUGGCAGAAAGUCGCAAUACAAAGAAGAAAAUCAAAUAUUCAAAUCUUGUCAAAAUUCAGAGAACAAAUCAAGACAAGCCAAAGGUCAAUCCUGAGUCAGAAGUGCCUGCCAUUGCAUUAGGACCGGAAAUUAGUGCGGAUUAUCAGCCAGGAACAAGAAUUACUCGUCGUGCGUACGAAGACAUGAAAAUUAAGAGUUAUCUGAACGAAAACGAUAUAAAUAUGUUUGGAGAAGCUCUUGGUUGGGCUCUAACUGAACGUUUUGCAUCAACUUUUGUCGUAUUUCCGCAUGUUCACUACAAAGAAGACGUUUUUGAGAUAACUAGGCCUGCAAGACUAUCUCUAAAGCCAAGUGAAUUGGAAAUACCGAAGAUUAUCCUCACAAAUUUGACUCAAAUUUACAAAGAAAAUUCAUCAAAUUUACAUUUAUCGGUUUUUUCAGAGGAAGAGAUCAAUUCGAUCGCAUCAGAGUUUUUAGUCUUCAUUUCCAUGAGAGAUCAGCUUAUGAUGCACUUCGAAAGGUAUUUUGAUGAAAAAUUAUUUUCUGAAUUCUUCAAUAACCUUCUGACUGAGAACCAAACUGCAGCAUGUUACUUUGCAAGAGACUUCGCAAAUAAAAUGUACUUGAAAAACUCUGUUCCGAUGUUAUUAGGAAAAUUAAUUCCAUAUUUUGUUAAAAUCGAUAACCAAGAACAGCUUUUACCAUUCUUUGCUGCAUUUGAUUCGUUCCUCCGCAUUUCUGCCAAUCCUUUGUUCCAUAAUCAAAUUUCGAUUUUAGUUACCGAAAAAACAACAAAAUUCGUUGACGAAUUAAUUGACAGACCAAUGACAAACUUUGUUAGGUCGGCUCUAACGAUUAUGCUCUCUUUCGGAGUUAAUUUUCCAGAACCAUUCGCUCAGCAUAGUACUCUUAGAUCUGUUGCUUAUUCAACGGCACAGAAUUUCAUUGAACAGUGUAAAGACUACAAAACAUGUAUCCAAACUGGAGUUUCUUUCAUUUCAACUGUAUUAAAUAAUCUUGACGUCGAAUCUGUUCAAUGGCACCUUUGUUAUUUCAUUCAUAUCCUCAUACAUGAACUAACAAAGCAAGUUUUGAGGAUAUCAAUCAUUAGUUGCAUUCUUGAAGUGAUAACUUCAAUUAUUGCAAAUCGUUCUCAAUUAAUCAACGAACAACUAGCAUCUCUACACUUCUUAGACUUCGUUAUGAAGAAUAUUGGCCUGGAAGAGCUGAUUGAUGACAAAUUAGGAAGUCAUCAAGGUCCAAGACCAAUUGCGCAGGUUUUUAAGAAGGGAACUCAAAUGAUUUUCCCUCUAACGAAGAAACUUUCACAGCAGGAUAUGAAUAAGAUGCUUCCACUUCUAAAUUUGGAAAAUCCAAAGCCACAAAUUGCCCUUAACAAAGCUCAGAAGCCAUACAAGAAGUCGGAAUCUAUAUCCAUGCGUGAUUAUAACGAUCUUAGAGAGUCAAUGCCGAUUUAUUUUGAUACUGAAAUUCAUGUGAAGUUUAUUCAACUUAUUUUCGCUUUUCUCAUUGACCACCAAAUUCACAACUUCGAUAAUGUGUUCGUUGAUCCAUUCCCUCAAGUAAAUCGCAAACCAAACGUAUUAUUUACUUUAAUGAGGCACAUGGAGAUGAAACAGAACGAAGAAAUCACGCCAAUGCUCAAAGAAGCCUAUUCUCCAGAAAUUCCGAAGCUUUCUUCGAACUUUUUGAAGAAAACAUUUUCAGAUAAAGGUGGAGUUGCAAAGAAUUUAAGUUUGAACUCUGCAGGUAACAUAACUCUUCCUUCUUUCAUUUCAAACUCAAUUGAUGAUGAUUUAUUGAUGAAUUAUUCUGAUCAUCAUUUUCCAACGGAAGAUGAAGAAAAGAAUGACAAGAAUAUAUCAAAGAUCGAUGAAAUGGAACAGUUCAACAACUAUCUGCGACUUCUCAGACUUCUUGUCCCUGAAAUGUUUAAUCCAGAGGAUUAUAAGAACGGACAACAUAUUGCAUCUGGAGCAUUUGGUGCCGUCAUGGCUGUAAUGGUCAAUGAUGUAAAAGUUGCCGUUAAAAUCCUUCAAAAAAGUCGAGAUACAUUCGAUAAUCCAAAAUUAGUAGAUGUUUUCGGAGAAAUCUCGAUUCUAGAGCUAUGCAAAGGCGAUAGACGUGUCACACAGUUGCUUAAUUACGGCUGUACAAGUGAUUCUUACUACAUUGUCAUGGAAUUUUAUCCAAUGACGUUGAAAACAUGGCGAAAGAGCUUCCAAAGCAAUCCUCCUCUACCAACAAUUAUUCGCUUAUUCAAAGAGUUCCUCAAUGCUGCGACAGUUCUCUUGGAUAACAGAAUUAAUCAUUUUGAUAUCAAAUGCGACAACGUUGUUCUCGAUAAAAACGGGUAUCCGGCAUUGGCAGACUUCGGUGAAAGUAUCUGUUACAAGAAUGAAGCCUCAAGUUACACACAACUCAACAGAGGAACAGAAUGGAUAAAAUCACCGGAAAUGUUGUCAAUUGCUAUCAAUGCAUCAGUCAAUAAUCCAACAUUCGAUAGGAGAAAACAGGUUGGAGCAGGUCCGGCAAGCGAUGUAUGGAGCAUUGGCUGUCUUUUUUACGAACUUUUGACAGGAGAAUUCUUAUUUGUUGAUACAGACUGGUCAAGGUUCUUUACAAGGGUUACUGAUCCUAAAGAAGCAUUAAUUACUCCUCAGUGCAUGAAGAAAUUACCAAAAGAUAUGAGAUUUAGCGGAUUUAUCGAAUUUGUUCUACAGAGAUCUGUCAGUAGAAGGCCAUCAUUAACACAAGUCAUUGCUAAAUUUGAUGAAUACUUCCCUGACGCAAUGGAAGGUCCACUUCCUCACAUUGAAUACAACGAUAAAGUGGAAAAUAAGAUUAAUGAAGAGGAUUCUAUUCUGGACUCAAUUAUAGAAGAUGAAGAUAUUGGUGAGGAAGAAGAUUCGAAGUCGGAAGAUUAG